AUGAAAGAGGAAGAAAUUGCAAAGUUAGGUCCAUCAGAGUAUUUCAAUUACCUCGAGGGCAUUAACAAGAAGAUUAUUAUAGAGUUAAAAACAGUUUGUAGUAUAGAUUUAGUUGUUAAAGAAAAUAGCGAUAACUCUCAAAAUAUAUUUUUGGAAUCUUCUUUAGCUCUUGAACAUAAUGUAAAGAAUUUAAUGUAUUUUAUUGAUAUGUGUCCAAUAUCCUGUGAACAAAUUACUCAUUACCAUGCUCAUUAUAAAGAAGUUGUAAAAAUUUUAUUUCAAGUAGUAACAGAACUAAUAAGUUCAGCUCAGGGAUUAAUUUUAAAUUCAAAUGAUUAUUUAACAACAUCGAGUUACACAAAAUGUAAAGCCGAAGCAAUUAAAACUAUAAAGAAUGCAAUGGCAACAUGCAGUAACUUUGAAAAGCUUUACUAUGAUCCAGAUUUACAAUUAGAGGAAGAGUCUGAUUACCCACAACAACUUCAACAACAACAAUAUGAACAACAACAAAGAGAACAACAGCAAAAAGAAGAAGAAGAAUAUGAACAACAACAAUCAAUCUUAAGGAAAUUAAAGCAAGAAGAAGAGAAAAAGCAAGAAGAAAAAGAAAAACAAAAAAUAUUGGAACAAGAAAAAGAAGAGCAGUUGAAAAAGAUACAACAACAAAAAGAACAGCAGCAAAAGGAACAGCAACAAAAACAACAACAGCAACAGCAACAAUUUCAACAAAGAAAACUAUCUAAAGGAUUACCACCAACACCCCAACCAAAAGAAUUACCCCCAGUUCCAAUUUCCAAUAGUAAUAGUACAAGUAAUGGCGCUAGUAAAGAAGGUAUAUCAUCAUCAAAUGAAAAUAUAACCAACUCACCGGGAUCAAGAUCAUCACUAACAGUACCAACUGGUAAAAUAACAGAAUCACAUGAAAGAGUUCAUAAUUUCGAUAGAGGGACUGCAAAUAUCAUUUUAAAUAUAAAUAAAAUUAAAGAAAUUGCAUUGAAUGGUAAUAGUGAACAAGCACCUGAAAUUGUUAUUGCCGCCAAAGUAAUAUCCGAUAAUAUUGCCAUUAUCUCAAAAGAACUACGUUAUAAAACACUGGGCACAAAUUUAUCCGAUCAUUUCGUUAGUUUAGUUCAAAUUGCAAGAUUGGCUCUUAAAAACAAAUCUGAUCAAUUUUAUCAAGAUCAAUUAGAGUUGGCAAUAGAGAAAUUUAAUGAUACUAUGCGUAAAAUUAUUUACUCUGUAAAAAGCAUUUCAAAGAGUUCAAUUAAUCUUAGACAAUUUGGUGUUGAUGAUACCUCAUUAAGUAGAUCACCUGUAACCUCUCCAGAGAAACCAUCUUCUCCAAACUUUUAUGGAGAAAGAGUAAACGAUUUCAAAAAUUUACCAAAUCAUCAACCAAUUCAAUCACCACAACUACAAGACAAUGAAAAAUUAGUUUUAUUAAAAAGAAAAGAGAAACAACAUUUAAUUGUAGUCCCAAGAGAUAUAAAAGAUUCUCAAAUUUCCUCACCCCUAUCAACAUCAACACCUAUAACAACCCCAACAUCUACAACUCCAAUUGUUUUAACACCUGCAUCAACUACACCAAUGCCACAAACUCCAAAAGAAUCUCCUUCACAACAAUUUGAUAAGGAAAAGGAAAAGGAUAAAGAAAAAGAUAAGGAAAAGGAAAAGGAUAAAAGUAAAGAUAAAGAAAAGGAUAAAGAUAAACAAAAAACUUUAGGAAAAUUAUUUUCAAAAAUAUCAAACAAAAAGAGAACACCAUUACCAGGUUUUGAUCCAAACUCUGCAAAUAAUAGCUCUACAUCACCACAAUCAAGUUCAAACUCUUCAAUGGAAACCUCGCCAAGUGUAAGUUCUCCAACAAUAACAAGCAAUAAUUUACAGCAAUCAAUUACUGUUGAGAAUUUAGAUAUUGAAGAUAAUAGUGAUACUCAAACCCCAACCCCACAACCCACACCACCAUCACACCAUCAUAAUAAUAAUCAACAUCAACAUCAACAACAACAACAACAACCAUCAUAUCACAAUUUAUUACAACAACAACAACAAUUAAAUUCAAGCGCUAGUAGACUCUCAAGUCCAAAUCUAUAUAGCAGUAGUAAUAAAAUAAUGACACCUAAAAAAGAAAGAUCAUUUACAAUUGGUUUGGUAAGCGGCAAACACUCAUGUGUUGUUUUAGAAACCCCAAGAUCAAAAAAACUAUUCCAACAUGAAUCAGCAAAACAAAUUUUAUCAAUCAUAUCUGCAAGUUUCCCAAGUUUUGAAAAAGAAUUCCAAAUGCAAAAUAAUGAAGUUAUUUCAAAUAUUAUGGAACAAAUUGGUAAUGUUAUUCAAACCUAUCACGAUGAAGUUAGUGAUAGUUCUUCUUCAUCUUCAUCAUCAGUAAAUAAUAAUAGUACACCAAGUGACGUUUCACCAAUUCUAAACUCUGAAAAUAGCUAUGAUGUAUCGCCAACUCUUAAAAAACUUUAUGAAAAUGGUACUUUCGAUGGCCGUGAACAUAGCAGAUCAUCAAUUCAAACAAAAAUUUCAAGAAAACUUGGUACAAUUAGAAAGAAGGGUCAGUUUAAUCUUAUGAAUACAAGCUUUGGUAACCUUUCAACAAUCGAUGAUAGUUCCAUGAAUACAUCAAAUGAAAAUGAUCCUUCGGAAAAUUUAGUAUCAACCUCGAGUGCAUUCGCAGAAGAAGCAUUAGAGUUGGUUGGAAAAUGCUUUGAAACAUCAGUUAUUGUUAAUCAUUCAAAUAGCGACAUCAAACCAAUGUUUAUUUCGACUUUGGAUCAUUUAGAAUCAAUGUUAGAGUCAUCACUAAGCUUUGGUAAAAUUGAUCCAUCAUCUUCACUUUGCAGCGUUUUCUUAAAGAACAUUAAAGUAUUGAUACCAAAUAUGAAGGGUAAAAGUGGUAAAGUUGAUCCAACACUCGUUACUGCAGCUACUAAACUCUUUAGACAUACUGUACUUUCUAAUCUUGACAAGUCAAUUCACUCACUUUGCCAUUCUGUAAGAGUUAUUGCAAUUCAAAUUACAAUUAUUGUUAUUAGCAUUAAUACUAGACCCUGGGAUAUUGGUCAACAACUCCAAUUGUUUGCAGCCGCCAAAAGUUUUGUUGAAUCGCUAUCAUUCUUGAUGGACGCAGUCGAGAAUAAAAUUUAUAUUUCAACCAACACUUCUAAUCAAGACGAUGUAGUCGUACCUAAUAUCGAUUCAGAAGAAGAUAUAAACAUUUGGGAUGAACCCGAUGGCCCAUCAACAUUCAAAGUAGAUUGGAUUUCUGAUGAAGGUAGUAAAACUGGUAGAUAUGUUCCAAAAGCUGGUACACUAAACAGAUUGAUCUCAGCAUUAACUCAAGAUAACAAACACGAUAUUUCUCGUUACACCAAAACCUUUUUACUCACCUACCAAUCAUUUACUAAUCCAUGGAAAUUAAUGGAAAAACUUAUCCAACGUUAUAAUAUACCAGCAGAUGAAAAACCAGAACUUAAAGCCAUUACCCAAUUACGUGUUGUAUCAUUUAUGCAAACUUGGAUCGAAAAGAAUUUCAAUGAUUUUGAUGAACAACUAAUCGCUCAAGUUAAAGAAUUUAGAACUAGAUUACUUAUGGAUAACAACAAUGAUCUUGCAGUUAUUCUUGGAGGCCUAAUUAAGAAAAAAGAGAUUGAAAGAAAUCAAUUAAAAGAUAGAACCACAACAAGUCUAUUAACAUUCCCAGAACUUAUGAUACCCGAUGGUCAAAAAUCCCCAACUGCCUUAUUCUUAUUGUUAAACGAAUCAGAAAUUGCUCGUCAACUCACUUUAAUCGAUUUUAAUAUAUUCUUAAAAAUUCAACCAACUGAACUUUUAGAUCAAGCUUGGAAUAAAGAUUCAUUAAAAUUCAAAUCACCAAAUGUUAUUGAAAUGAUCAACAGAGCAAAUAAAUUUUCAUUUUGGGUUUCAUCACAAAUCUUAUGGCAAGAAACUAUUGAAGAAAGAGCUAAAGUUUUUGAAAAAUUCAUUAUUAUUGCAAAGCAUUUGAGGGAUAUGAAUAAUUUUAAUACAUUAUUAGCAAUUUUUACAGGUUUAAAUACAGCUCCAAUUUUAAGAUUAAAGAAAACUUUUGCAAUGCUAUCACCAAACUCGUUAGCAAUUUAUAAUAGUUUAGAAAAGUUAAUGAAUUCAUCAGGAUCAUAUAAAAACUAUAGAAGUGUUCCAAAGAAUCCACCAUUUUUGCCAUACUUACCAGUCAUUUUAUCAGAUUUAACUUUUAUGGAAGAUGGUAACCCAGAUAAAAUCAAUGGUUUAAUCAACUUCCAAAAGAGAGAAUUAAUUUGUAGAGUAAUCUCAGAAGUACAACAAUGUCAAAACUUUAGUAAAUAUGAUUACCCAGUAGUCGAACCAAUUCAUACACUUUUAACUGAACUCCCAUCAUCGACACCAGCUGAACUUUAUCACUUAUCCCUAUCAAGAGAACCAAGAGAAUCAAACGGUAAUAACAAUAGUAGUUCAAUUUCUGUAGGUUCAAAUUAUUUAAAUUCACCAAAUAGUAGUAAUAUCAGUGUAAAUGAUGGUUUCGAUACUCUUAAAAAAUACUAUAAAAGUAGUAAUAAUAAUAAUUAA